UAGCGCGCGGCUGCUAUUUUCGUACUUCGGUAGCAACCGUUUAUCGAUACAUUUAAAAAUGAGAUGAAAGUUAGAAUACCUUUAUAAAACUAAUUCUACUAUAACUUCUAAAAAUGCGAACAGUGCCUAAGUGGGUUAACAAAAUCCACGAAGCUGAUAAAAUUGAAUGCUCUAGACACAGUGAAGCAGUUCAGUGCCUUGCAUAUAACCCAGUUACAUUCCAUUUAGCAUCAUGUGCAUUAUCAGAUUUUGCAUUUUGGUCAACUGAUGUGAAAGCUGUUCAAAAGUAUCGUGUGUCUGGUAGAAUAACAUGUUGCGCUUGGUCUGCUAAUGGUCAACACUUAGCCAUAGGGUUGGCAAGUGGUAUGGUUUCUAUUAGAGAUAAACUUGGUGAUGAAAUUCAAAAGAUUGUUAGAGAUGCUGCAGUAUGGGCAGUGGCUUUUUCUAAGAAUGUACUGCUGAUCACAGAUUGGAAUGAAACUCUUUCUUUUUACAAUAUAGCUGGACAACAAAUAUGGAAAGAGAGAUACAUAGGUAUAGCAGCUCUGUCGAUACAUGUCAGCGGGGCAUUAGUGCUCGUCGGGGGAAUUGGUGGAUGGAGUGUGCUUACAUCUGAAGGUGUCAUUGUGCUCACUACGGAACUCGAGUGGGUCUGGUCCAUCGCUCCGUCGCCUUCUUUUGGAGCGCUGGCGGUGGGGUGUCAAGACGGUAGCAUCUGGUGCUACCAGGUGGUGUUCAACACGGUGCACGGUCUGUUCAGAGAGAAGUACGCGUACCGGGAGAACAUGACGGACGUGAUCAUACAGCACCUCGCCAGCGGCAACAAGGUCCGGAUCAAGUGUCACGACACAGUGCACAAGAUUGCCAUUUACAAGCAUCGACUAGCGGUGCAACUCCCGGAGCGUGUCCUGAUAUACGAGCAGACUGACAGCGAGGGCAUGAUGUACAAGGUGAAGGAGAAGUUGGUGCAGAAGGCUGAAUGCUCGCUGCUCGUUACCACGAGCACGGCACUGUUGCUGUGUCAGGACACGAAGUUGACGAUGGUGGGGUCACGCUCUUGGGACAUGCCGGCGCCGAUCCGCUACGUGAAGGUGAGCACUCUACACUUGGAGGAGGUUCUGUUACUGGGCUUGAUGAACGGUCAGAUCUGGCAGAUAGAGCCCACGAGGGGCGAGAUGAAGAUGUUGGUGCAGACUGGGGGCGCGGUGCGGUGCGUGGACGUGAGCGCGGGCCGCUCGCGGCUGGCCGUCGUGGACGAGGGCUCUGUGUGCCGCGUGUACGGCGUGCCGCGCGGCGACCUGCUCUACACGGAGGAGAACGUGAGUUCGGUGUCGUGGAACCUCUGGUUCGACGAGCUGCUGUGCUUCUCCGGCGGCGGGCUGCUCUCCAUCAAGGUGGCUCACUUCCCUGCCGCCACUCAACCGCUCGCCGGAUCCGUCGUCGGCUUUCAGGGUGGGCGAGUAUUCUGCUUGCAGUCGAGCCUGAUGCAGACUAUCAAGGUGCCCUUGUCGCACGCCGUACACCAAUACGUGCAGCAGAAGAUGUUUCAUGAGGCAUAUGCCGUCGCCUGCCUGGGCGUGACUGCAUGCGACUGGGAGCGGCUGGGAAUGGCAGCUUUAGAGGAGCUGUCCUUCGAGGUCGCCAGGAAGGCGCUGCAGAGGAGCGAGAAUAUCGUCUACCUCACGCUGAUCGACCACUUAGAGGAGCGGUUGUCUGCGGGGGAGGAGCGCGCGGUGGUGUCGGGCGAGGUGCUAGCGCAGCGCGGCAGGUUCGCGGCGGCCGCGAGCAGCUACCGCGGGGCGGGCGCACACCGGCGGGCGCUCGACAUGUACGUGGAGCUGAGGAUGUUCAGCAAGGCGCAGGAGGUGGCUGAGCAGACGGGCGGCGCGGACGCGGCGUGUCUGACGCGGCUGCGCGCGGAGUGGGCGCGACGCGUGGACGAGCCGCGCGCCGCCGCCGACAUGUACCUGGCCGCCGGGGACGUGCGCCGCGCGGCCGCCGUGCUGCGGGACAGCGGCAAGACGCACAUGUAA